AUGGAUCAUCCAUCCUUCCCAGCCACCACAACAACACCCUUAGAAUACUCCCUCUUCUCCCCCUCAAAAGCAGCAGAACAACAACGUCUGGCAAAAGAUUGGACCUACAUCCACUCCUUUCUGCGGAAAAAAUAUCCCACUCCUUCCAGAGUGCCGAAAUUUGAAGAGAAUGAGGAGACGUUGAAUGCGUUGUUGGCAUUAGCUGCUGCUAAUGAAAAGGCCGAUGAAGGAUGGAGUGGAGUUUGUGGAGUAGAGGAGAUGGCAUUGCGGGAAUUGGAAGAGGAGGAAGAGAGAAAGAAACAAGACACAAACAACAUCAACACCACCAUCCUUAACAACCUCCAAUCCUCCCUCUCAAAACCCGGGACCUCCGACCUCCUCACCCACGCCACCGCAUCCAUAUCUCUAACCUCCCCUUCCACAUCCCCAACAUCAAUAGCAACCCAUCUCCUCAACCUGACCACAUCCCUCUUCUCCCUAACACAUCAACUCUCCCAAACAACUUCCCUCCAAACAUCUCUGCAAUCCCAAUCUUCCCACCUCCAAUCAGACCUCCGCACCUUAACCUCUACACCUUUCACCCCCGAACCAAACCUCCCCAAACGAACAUCAGAAACCCUCCGCCAAACCAAACUCCUCAAAGCCAAAAUCGCCGAAUAUGACGAACGACUGCGGAAUUCCUCCUCCAGUAUACCGGAGACCCUGCUCAUGGAAGUCGAGCAAGCGGGAAAGGCGGCAGAGGUGUUGAUGCAGAGGUUGGCAGAUGUAGAGGGCAAAAUAGCGAUAUAUGAAGGUGUGUCGCCGGAGCCAAGGGAAGUGAGAAGACAGAUGCAGGAUUUACGUCGGGAAUUGGAAAUGUGGGUGAGGCGACGAGAUGAGUUGUUUGAGGGAUUGGUCGGAGGAGGAGGAGGAGGAGGAGGGAGAAGAUGA